AUCGCGUACAUCCUCAGCACCACAGGUCGUGAUCGGGCUCGCUCGUAGCGCGUAGUCAUGCUGCGCGUAUGUGCGCAGUCCUUCUAGGAUCGCCUCCGACGCGCUAUACCAUGCAGGCUUCUACGUCGGCAGUCAAGCUGGAGCACGUCGACGCGAGCAGCAUCUCGCCGACCGCGUCCGCUCCUGCGGCUGAUGCGAAUGCCUGCAGCGCUCCUGCAGCCGAUUGCGACGUGAACAUGGCGGAUGGCGACGGUGUAGAUGGAGGAAAGGGUGUCGCAGAGGGGAAUUCGGGGGCGGCACCCGAGGAGCACGCGCAGUUGCUCACGUCGCUCGCCCAGGAGGAGCAUCGCAACGCGACCGACGCGGGUAAUCUCCCCAAGCAAGAGCUUUUCGCUGGCAAUGGAGCGGAUCCAGCGCCUCUACCCAAGCCCGGGACUGCGACAGACUUCAUUGAGGAAAAGAAUUGGCCAGGGCAAGAGGAUCACGUUUUCCCAGGCACUGCCGGGGCGGUGCAACCUCACGAUGAUGGCCCAAUUCAAGCCUAUGCUAAGCUCGAAUUUCCGGGCUUCUCGUACUACAUUCAGACACUUGACGUGCUAAUUGGACGGCGGCCUGGAAGUGCACCACCUCCAUCGGAAGGGGGUCAAGUGCAUAUCACGGGACAGAGGCCCGAGGGGCAAGUCGACGUCGAUCUCGGUCCGCUGAAGAGCAUCAGUCGGAAUCAUGCGCGCAUCUUUUACAGUCCUCCAGGACUUCCUCUGCCAGGAGAGACGAUCUCAUUCAGAGGCUACGGGCCUGGACACGCGCCGUCCGAAGGAACGUUCGUGCUUGAAGUGCUCGGCAGAAACGGUGCCUUCGUGGACGACGUCUAUCUCGACCGAGGGGUCUGUGUACCCCUCUCAAAAAGAACGAAAGUGCAGAUCGCCGAACGAGUUUUCUACUUUGUGCUACCACCUCCGAUAGCACCAGAAGAGGAAGAGGACAGCGACUCGCUCUCUACGUCUUCGAGUGAUGAGGAGAUGGACGACGAGGAAGAAACUCAGUCGGAAGAAAGUGGGGACUUGUCACUAUCGGAUGGAGAGCUGGAAGAGGAAGAGGCAAGCGAUGACAAGAAAAUAGUCAAGGGUGGCAAGGAAGCUGUCAAUGCCAAGCUGAAGUUCAAGCUCAAAAAGGCCAGCGCAGUGAAAGUCAAAACGGAACCGGGCGCCGAUGAUGCGCGCGUUGGAGUCAAGGGUGGGAGGGGCAAAGGGAAGGGGAAGGGCACGGAAGGCAAGAACCAGACUGCCGAAGAGCCCGUGUCUUCUGAGUCCAAAGCAGCAGCCAAUGGAAAGAAGAAGGCUGCGCUAAGCGCGCCCACCCCGGCCUGGACGAAUGGUGUUGGGGUCGCAGGCAGAAAGCGGAAGCGUGGAGAGGCGGAGGAGGCAAAGUCUCCGGCGCUCAAAGUCGGCGAGCCGAUCGGCAUCGAGGCUUUCGAGGCCGCGCGACGCAAGGCUGCAAGAGAGCAACGCAAGAGUGCGGACCGAGCCAGCGUCGACCCUGAUGGGGACGCCCAAAUGGACCAAGGGGACGCUGACGAAAAAGCGCCUACCGGAGGGAAGGGGAAGGCAAAGGCCAAAGGUAAGGGCAAGUCUGCCACCGAGACGCACGCCUCUGCGCAAUCAAAUAUGAAUGACGCAGCCAGUGCCUCUACCGAAACAAAGGAGGAGACUUUAAUUUCGAACACUACCGCCCAUCCAAGCGCCCCCCCGGCUUCCACUUCGGCGACCACAAGCAUGACCCCUGCAACAGCAUCUCCGUCGGUCUCCAACCAUCUUGCCACAUCUUCAUCCUCAGCCGUUCCAGUCUCAGGUAUCCCAUCCACAGCUGUGGUUCCAGGCCUUCCUGUGUUCCCUCCCAUUCCACGGUUGGACAUCCCGUUCCCUCCUGGAACGACACCAGAGCAGCAGGCAGCUUUGAGGGCCGCAGCGCACGCUCACUUGAUUGAGCAGGCGAAAGCACAUGCAGCAGCACAGGCGGCUGCUCGACACGCUGCUGCGCUGAAUGGGCAAGCACCCGGCGUACAGGUCCCAGGUACCCCACAUCUGCAAGAUGCAGAUCACCGCCCGCAAAUGUCGAACAAUGCCUUGAUUAUCGCUGCGUUGACUUCGGAAGAGGCAAGUGCAAAGGGGGACAAGAUGACACUACAAGAAGUCUACGAAUGGCUUGGGAGAAAGUGGCCUUGGUUCGCUCGCAACUCGCGCAGCAAUGGGAAAGAUUGGCAAAGCGCGGUGCGUCACGCCAUUGCCUCAUCCAAGGACAUCGAGAAGGUGCAGCGGCGCGACGAUGAGCCUGGAAAAGGUGUUUUUUACGCGAUGGCCUCUUCGCCACCUGGCAUGAAGGCUCGCGAGGAGCGAUUGGCGCAGAUGGCAGCCGAGGGUGCACUUGCGGCUGGGUCUCCUCCACGCCAGCCAGCGGGAUCAGCGAUGAAGCUACCACCAGCUCGCAUGAACAAUCAGCCGCGACUACCACCUGCAACACCGCAUCGAGGGUAUCCUGGCGUGUCUAUGGCGCCGCAAGUCCGGCCUGCUGCCCCCUUACCUGGCCAACCUCCACGCCCAGUGCAGGUGCCACCAUAUACUCCAGGUUUCCAGGCUGUUCCGCCACCGCGUCCACCACCAGUGGCGCCAGCCGCUUCCCCCUUGGCGGCUGCGCCAGCCUCUAGAGGCCCUGUUCUUACAAAAGCACCUGCUCCGACUGGUGCUGCCGCACCUGCGGGCAGCCCAGUGUCUCGUAUUCCGAUCGUCGUCGGCCAGGCCCCACCGGCAGCGCUGGCCUCCCAGGCGCAGAAACCGAAACCUGCUCCUGGUUCCAUCGAAUCGCUCCUUGACGGACAGCCAAUCGUACAUCAUGAGGGCAAGCUUUAUCUAAAUCCAGCAGUCUUCGGGCAUCUGACUAUCAACGAGGUGCAUCGCAUUGAAGGCUUGGGCAUUCAAGUUGCAUUGAAAGAGCUGCAAGCGUAUCUCGUGACACACUUGAAAGAGAAGCUCAAAGCGCGACAGGCAGCGAAGAAGCGAGCGACAUCAGGCAGUACUUCACCUGGGCCUAGCGCAGCAGGCUCCCCUCCGGCUGCUAGUCCCCCCGGGGUUACUGUAGUGCGGCCGUCGCCGUCGACAGUUGCUCCGCAGGCUGUGGCCGCACGACCCCCAGCUGGAGCCACCAUGACACCGCGUCCGCCGCCGGCUGGGGUUCCACCGCCACCUGCAGGUGCAUCGAAGAGUGCACCUGCGGCAAAUACAGCGCAGAAUCCAGCGCUGGCUGCGUUGCCAAAGACGCUAGCCUCACAUCCAGAGGCAGCCUCGCUGAUUGCGCUACUGAAGAAGCAGCAAGCUGAAGGCGGAGGGCAGCUGGAACUCUCGAAGCUCACACCUGGGCAGAUCCAAUUGCUCAAGCUUGCAAACGAGCUAUCUGCGAAGGCUAAAGCAGAGGCGCUCGCGAACGCUGCCGCGCAUCGCGCUGCUGCUGCAGGCGUGCGGCCGCCUCCUUCAGGCUUGGUCCCAGCACCCGUACGUACGCCUGCGCCGGGUAGCGUCAGGCCGCCACCUCUGCAAGCAGGCGCGGCCGGGCUGCCACCAGCGGUAGUGAGACCAUCUGCAGCGAGUGUGAGGCCUCCUGCACCGCCUGGCUCAGCGCCAUCAGGGGCCACGGUCGUGCGACCUGCCGCGCCUUCUGUUAGGCUUCCUGUCGCAACUCAGCAACGUCCCCCUGUUGCAUUUGCGCCAGCAACAGCAUUUGUACCCACUCCAGUAACGGCAGCGGUAUCGCCCCAGACUGGCCUCACACCGACACCGACCGUGACGCAUGCACCGACACUGGCGCCCCCAGCUGCGGCGCCAAAGCUGCCCCCCGCCCAAGUCGCAUCCCCGGUUCCACCUGCUGCUACUACUGCCAAGGAAGCGGCAUCAAGCUCCUCUGGCUCGCCUACUCCGUCAUAAAUUGCGGGCUGUGAAAGCACUUGGCUCUCUGCAUGGCUACGAUCGGACUUGGUGCUCGUGUUUGCAUGCCUGUAUUUUCAUACCAUACGUGAUCUGUAG